UUCAUCACAAUCAGCAUAUUGAAUAGCAACAAAUCCCUCUCCCUAGUAAUAAUACCAAUUUUCAUACAAAGCCGACAACUAACUGAGAACAUGGUUGCCAUUUCAGAGGUCCGCGGGCAGCUACCCAAUAUCAAGAACCUGGGUUCGGGUCUGGUUGCUGUGUUCGUGGGCGGAACUAGCGGAAUCGGUCUAUCGACAGCGAGGGAAUUCACUCGUUACGCGACAGCUCCUCACAUCUACUUGAUUGGACGCAACGAAGCUCAGGCAUCGGAGAUCAUCUCAGAACUCCGUGCCGUCAAUCAAUCCGCAACAGUAGACUUCAUCAAGAGUGAUAUCUCUCUACUCAAGAACGUCGACACGACAUGUCGCGAGAUCGCUCAAAAGGAGUCAAAAGUAAACCUUCUCUUCCUGAGCGCGGGUAUUUUGACUACUCAGGGAAGGACUGAAACACCCGAAGGCCUCGACCGCAAGCUCAGCCUCCACUACUAUGCCAGAAUGCGUUUCGCCGACAACCUCCUCCCACUCCUAAACCAGGCCGCCUUAUCAGACCGCCUAGCCCGCGUAGUCUCCGUCUUCAGCCCAGGAAACGAGGGCAAACUCAUCGAAGAUGACCUCGACCUUCGGAGCAACUACAGUCUCUCGAAUGCAGCCGCUCAUGGUUGCACCAUGACAUCUCUCUACAUGGCGCAACUUGCCGCGGCACAUCCGAACAUUAGUUGGGUUCAUAGCCGUCCUGGUGCCGUGAAUACGAACGUCACGCGAGAUUUCAACCCGCUUGUCAGAGGACUCACUAGCGCUCUUUUUGUGUUGACGCCUCUUUUAUCGUCGAUCGGGCUCAUUUCUGUCAAGGAGUCUGGGGAGAGGCAUGCGUAUGCGGCUACGAGUCCGUUGUUCGCGCCACGGGUUAAGGGCGUGGAUACGGUGGGUACUGAUGGCGCGAGGGGAAGUGGUGCGUAUCGGGUGGAUUAUGAUAGUUCUAUUGUUAAGGCGAAGUCUGAGUUGGUUAAGGGGUAUCUGGGUAGUGGAGUGGGUAAGAAGGUGUGGGAGCAUACGAGGGAUAUGUAUGCGAAAGCUACUGGGAAUUAGUGACUGCGUGUAUGUACUAUAUGAGACGAUGUAAUAAUAAUUAGUGAAUUAUAAUGG